GAACAAUAUCAGAACUAGAUUAGUCAAAACUAAAGAAGUUUAUUUAACCUACAAUGACCAAAACUAAAUGACUUACAUUAGUUUUGCAUCAGAAUGAGCAUGGAUGCUAACAGAGUGAAAUUUUCCAAACCCCCACUCAAAUAGUCAAUGUAAUAAGUACGUAAUAACCAUAUAAAAAAAUAUCUUGCACUAGUAUCCAAUCUCCGUGGCAUUCUUUUACCAAUCUCCCUGAGCUGGGAGAGACGACUUGAUCACCGGGCGGCUGACACCUCCAAACAAUAAUCAAAACAACACCAGUGAGCAAAGCGAUAGCAUACCAGGCCCCUAAAGAAACAAGAGUAACUGACAUUCCGAUGAAACUUCCCGUCUUACAUAUGGCCGCUCUCUCCGCCUCUAACCCCAUUGACCCCCAAAACCAAGAACCCAUCAAUCAUCUCCGUUCUCCUCCUCUUCGGUUGCGGGCAAAUCGAUCAAUCAACGGCGGCACGGCCGAGAGAUGACGAGGAACAAGCGCGCCCUGCUGUGCUGCGGCGUGCUGGUGGCCGUGCUCGUCGUCCUCGCCGUCGUCUUCGUGGCGCUCUACUUCACCGUGUUCCGGCCGCGGUCUCCCAGGGUGGUGGCGACGGUGGUGGGGACGGAGAUCUCGGCGCUCAACGUCUUCCCGCCGGUCCUCAACAUCACGGUGCACGUGGACGUCACCGUGCGCAACCCGAACUACGCGUCGUUCCGGUACGGCGACGUGGUGACGGCGGUGCGGUACCACGGCGACGGCGUGGGGGAGUCGGUGGUGCCGGCGGGGGAGAUCGGCGCGCGCGCGACCGAGACGAUCGCCGCCAAGGUGUCGGUGGACACCGUCAGGAUGGCGGCGACGCCCUACUUCCUGCCGGAGGCCGCCCUCGGGGUGCUGCCGUUAGAGACGGCGACGGCGGUGGCCGGCAAGGCCGUGGUGAUGGGCAGGUUCAAGAUCAGCGCGAGCUCGGAGGUGGCGUGCGAGGUCCACGUGUACUGGACCAGGAGCAACGCCACGUCGGAGUGCACCUCCACGGUCCAUAUAGGCCGGUAGCAGUAACGAGCAUUAUCCAGUGGUUCUGCUCCUCGUCCGAAUAGAUAUUGUGCUUGUGUGGACAUCAAAUGUGCUCUGAUCUGAAAUUGUUAACGGCGGGGUUCUUAGGGACAGCAAAAAUAUCAGAUGAUUUACGAUUUUUUUCCUUGCGAAACCCAA